UCUGACGUCAUUUUAAACAUGGCCGCCACCAUGUCUGAAACAUGAACGCAGAGAGAGGUCAAAAUUACUGAUCACUGUUUCUCCUCUGUUAUUAUUAAACAGACUCAUUAUACUCCUGCCUCCCGCUGGAACACAGUGUUCAUAAUGGCUUUUAUUACGAAUCUGAGGCCGAUGCUGUCUUCAGUCUUGCAAGCAUCCCAGUCUUCAUUCUCCUGGUCUGGAUCUGUCUUCUCGAGCUUCUCCAGGACCAUGGCCACACUCAAUCAGAUACACCGUCGAGGCAAACUUCCCCCACCUCCCAAAAAGAUCAGCGCCACAUUCAGCAAUCCACAGCUGAAGGCCGUCGUCCUGAAGACUCUCAUCAAGAAGCCUAAAAAGCCCAAUUCAGCCAACCGCAAAUGUGCACGGGUCCGCCUCUCCAACGGCAAAGAGGUGGUGGCUUUCAUACCUGGUGAAGGACAUAAUCUUCAGGAGCAUCAUGUAGUGCUGGUGGAAGGGGGAAGAACCCAGGACUUGCCAGGUGUUAAAGUCAAAAUAGUCAGAGGCAAAUAUGACUGUGCUCAUGUAGUGAAGAAGAAGCAGUGAAUUCUGUCAUUCAUGCCAACCAUUUCUACAUCCAUGAGGGUCACCAUGUCGGCUGAGAUUUAUUCUCAGAAUUACUGUUUUUUUAUGUCUGUAAAGUCUUUGUUCGUUUGAAAUUGAGUUUAUAAUGUAUGAAUGCUUAUGAACUGUAUCACAGUGCACCAAAAUAAACUGCAAUGACUGUUGCAAGAUCUUAUGGAGGAAAA